AUGUCGGCCUCGUUCCCGCUGAGGCGGCGGAGAGCGGGAGCCGGGCCUGACCCACCGGGAGGCGUCUCCUCGCCGCCCCGUCAGCCGGCCUUGCCGCUCCCGGCCCCCGGCCCGGAGCUCAGGAGAUGUGGCCCUUGUUUAAGGAUAGCCCCAGCUUUCAAUGCUCUGAGUAACAAAUAUCCCCAGGCAACUUUUUUGGAAGUAGAUGUACAUCAGUGCCAGGGAACAGCUGCUACCAAUAAUAUAUCAGCAACACCAACGUUUCUGUUUUUCCGAAACAAAGUGCGAAUUGACCAAUAUCAAGGAGCAGAUGCUGUAGGUUUAGAAGAAAAAAUUAAACAGCACCUGGAGAAUGAUCCUGGAAACAGCGAAGAUACAGAUAUCCCAAAAGGAUAUAUGGAUUUAAUGCCAUUUAUCAAUAAAGCCGGCUGUGAAUGUCUUAAUGAGAGUGAUGAGCACGGAUUUGAUAAUUGUUUACGUAAAGACUCUACAUACUUGGAAUCAGACUGUGACGAGCAGCUGCUUAUUACUGUAGCUUUUAGUCAACCUGUCAAGCUUUAUUCUAUGAAACUUCAGGGGCCAGAUAAUGGGCAAGGUCCAAAGUACAUAAAAAUCUUUAUCAACCUUCCUCGAUCUAUGGAUUUUGAAGAAGCAGAAAGAAGCGAGCCAACUCAAGCCCUGGAGCUGACACCAGACGAUAUUAAAGAAGAUGGUAUUGUCCAGCUUCGCUAUGUAAAAUUUCAGAAUGUUAACAGCGUAACUUUGUUUGUCCAAUCCAAUCAUGGUGAUGAAGAGACAACAAGAAUUACGUACUUCACAUUUAUUGGAACUCCAGUCCAAGCAACAAAUAUGAAUGACUUCAAGCGAGUAGUUGGCAAAAAAGGAGAGAGCCACUAGGACGCAGAAGACACUGGAAGGCCUUAUCGCAAUCACAGAUCUUCACUUUUAUCUACAACUCCUGGAUAAUUGCUUGACCAUAACCAGAGACUGUCAAUCUGUUUCAUUUAAUGCCAUUACCAAUAAAUCAUUGCUUU